AUGGAACCAGCAAAAGUGUGCAUCAAUAAUGGCAUAACCGAUAACGCAACGAGUACGCCGAAUGAAGCACCCCCGCCAUCUUAUAACGAAAUAAUUGGACAGUCACCGCCUGCAGAUGACUGCAGAACCAGCACUUCAAUACCACCGCACUUAACCGUUAUUCAUGCCACUACACCGCUUUACGGACCGAAUCCGGUCGAAAUGGAUUGUCCAUAUUGCCAGGCGCAUGUGGUCACGUCAAUAACACGUGUGGCGGGUGCUUUACCGUGGAUUGUGAUGGGUGUGUGUUUCCUUCUAGGUUUCUUUCUGGUAGUGCCUUGGUGUAUUUGUUGUAUACCGUUUUAUAUUGACGGGUGUUUGGAUGUAGUGCACUCUUGUCCUCAGUGCAGAAAGACUUUGGGCAGACACAACAAGAUUUAG